GGCGGUUGGUUCUUUUUUUUUGUGUCGGCGGUGCGGGCUCUCAGAAGCAAAUUGUGUAGGGCACAAUAGUACUUUGUAGUAAAAUAGAUUAGUAAAAUUACAGAUUACAACAUAUAGAAUGAGGUCAGGUCACCGUCCUAAAGCAAAGUCAACGCCAGUGCGGGACACACCGCGGAGUCGGCGGCAAGUAGCGAAAAAGCAACAGAGAUCGCCUCCGGCCAAAGAGGAUGCCUUGAUCGGACGUAUAAGGAAAUUUUUCAUUUGUUUGUUUGUGAAUAAAAGUUGACGAGCUGUGCAGCCUAAAACGGGAAAAAUGAAAACCUCGUAUAUUACUCAGAUACCCCCGAGGCCAGCAAGACCGUUUUCGUGACGGAAUCAGGGAAAAAGCGGUCUGCCGCCGCGGAUCACCACCAAAUUGCCCGGGAUUUGGUCACGAAAAAGCUUCUGGAGGAAGAAGAACGAAAAAUCACCUUGGAACACCAGCAGCGCCAACAAGAACAUCAAACCAGAUUCGUCAACAUCCAACCAGCUGCGCGGCAGCCUAGUUUCACCUUCGCAAAAGUUCCGCAGUUCGAUUUUAAUGUCCCAAGAACGUUUGACACGAACAAAGCGUUUCGUUCCCUGCCCCCAGCAGCCCCGUUGGUCAUCUCCAACGCCGGCCCGAUCGGGUUGUUCUAUAACGACAAUGACGAGCCCCGAGUAGUCCGCGGAAAGCUGCGCAACCCGGUGGAGCGGAAGGAAAUCCAGAAGGAGGAGCUGCAACAUAUGACCUGCUCAAAAGUUACAAUCUCAAACGUUACAAUAGGGUCUGGAUUUUGUAUUGCAUAAUGAGCUUGACGGACUCGCAGAGAGUUCCACUUUCUGCAAUACAAAUUUCGCCAGAUUGUAGUGCGGUUUCGGACUCCGGAACUUGUCGUGCGCAAUCCUAUGAGAGCUGGCCUGAUAAUGCACUUCUUGCAUUACAGAUUUCCAUAUUGUGCUGUAACGUUUGGGAUUGUAAUACCUGAGAAGGUUAUACAACAGAACCCCACGCCCCGGCAAGUGAUAAAGCUGAAAGCGGACGUACCCUCGUUUCUCUUGGAGCAGAGACCCUCGAAGCUGGCGAGCUUCGCGGAACACCGGCAACAGUUCGACCUGAAGUUCCAGCGCAGCGGCCUCGGAUCCUUCACGCCCCGGGAGCGGAAGUCGGAAGCGCAGCUGUACUACGAGGAGCAGGUGCGGGAGCAGCAGAAGAGGCCGAAAGUGAAGCUGCCGUUUAACCUUUUGACGCAAGAAAACGUGAAACUCGCCGGGAAGGAGGAGUUGCAGGACCGCAUGGAGCAGAAAGUGGAGUCGCUGAGGAAAACCAGUGCGAACAAGGUAAAAGCGGACUUGUCCUUCGUCGCGGUCCCGAGACAGAUCGCCGGGAACAUCCAGUCUGUGCCGCAGGAAGACUUGGGCUUGCCGAGACCGCAGUCGUACUCGCCGGUUGGUCAGGCCGGGGCGAUGAACCCCAGCGACAGCAUGAGCAAGAGCUUCAACCCGCCGACGAGGGUUUCCACUGUGGCGCCCGGGUUGCAGCAAACGCAGAGGAAACUGGAGGCGCCAACGGUGCUGGCGAUGCAGGAGAUUGGGACACCUAGGUAAUUUUACUUUUACCCAAAUCAAAGUGCUGGGAUCGUUGUUUCUGGCGUGCAAAAAGGAAUGUUCUGUCCGAUUUUUCCAAAAUGUGCUUCCUGGAUUUUUCAAAAACCUAUCAGGUUAAGCCCCAUCCGUGGCAGUCCUCUGCGCGUUUCCCGGAUUUCCGUGAACCGGCUCAGCCUUCCGAACCCCGUUCCCGCGCAUUCUAUGAUGGCGACGAAGAGUCUGAACAAUUUCAUUGAUGACGUCGCUCCAUACGAGUCGGUUUCCAACACGGAAGUUAUCUCUUCCACCACGUAUGAGGGAGACGAGUACGAAGUGAAGAAGAUCCGGAUUGUGAACGGCAAAUUUCGCAUGGACGGGGUGCCCGGUGGCGCGGAGAAGUUUUUGUUUUCCAACGCGGAGGAGGCGGCUCUGGCGAAAGCGGCCAAAGACGAGAAAAGACGGACGCGGUCGUCGCCGAGAGCUUCCGGAAGCAGAAAUAAAGCUGAAGUUCUAGGGGAGCAAGCACAAGGGGUCGUCGUCCCGAACCAGGGGCGCAGUUCGAGUUCUUCUGCGGAAAUGGCGAGCAGCAACAGGACCAUGAUGAGCGUAUCGUCCAGGAAAAGCAGGUAUUUCACCGUGGUGGAACCGCCGAUGGGAAUGGAAAUCACAGAGAGCGGAGGUCUUCAGGCCGGGCCGGCCGCAGGGGUCACUCGUACAACAAUUUCCGCCCCGGCUCCUUCUGGGCCGAAACAAUUUGUGCAAGGGGGAAUGAAUAAACCGCAAGUCAAACUGUCAGACUUACCGGAGCCGGUCUCCCCGACACAGAUGGCAGCUGCUGCGCAAAAUGCGGGGCAUCUUCAAGUCGUCCAGCCUGUGCUUCAUCCGAACAAACAACCCGGUGCAGCAGUUCCGGCCCCAAAUCUUCCACCGCAACAACCGGGAACCGUGCAGCUGUCCGAGUUCAAAAUUGGCCCGGGCUCCCUGGAUCAGCAGAGGCAGUAUUUGCAAAUGCUGUCCUCCACGCCGCGGUUGAUGCCGCCGCCCAUGCUGAUGACGAAUCCGCCACAACUCCCGUUGAUGAUGCAGGAGCUUUCCGAUGCGGGGUCACCGCGACGUAUCAACGAAUUGGCGGAGCAGAUUCGGGACCAGGGGCUCGAAGUGGUGAAGUCGCCUCGCACACUGAAAAACGACAGCAAAGACUCUGCGGGGAACAAAACGAGGGAUCUGCCAGCGGACAUCCGGCUGCCACCACCGGCCAAGCAGUGGGUGCCGGCGGCGGAAACGGUGAUGCCGGUGCCGAAGUUUUCGGCGGGGCUGGCGGGAUCCGGGAACUCGUUUUCGACGCCGGUAUGGGGUUUUAGUUUUGUGUGAUAGAUUGUUGUUUGGUUUGCAUGAUACGCGGCACGCAAACUUCUUCAAAGUGAUUUUCUUGAAUCACCUAGUACCAUUAUAUGAAUAACCACAGUCCCGCGCCACCCAAUCUCCCGAGUCUCAAGCCGCCCAACCGCGGGAUCAUGUUCUGUACCAGUCCCCACAAGAACAGCAACAGCAAUCGCAAAACCCUCCGCCCGAGGAUUGGCAGAAGGCGCUUUUCUCCGUGCAGCAGCAAGUGCAGCAGAUGGCGGCACAGGUGAACGCGUUGGCGAUCCUAGUGCCGCAGACCGGGUCCCAGGCGCCCUCGUAUGCAUUGCAAAAGUAACGUACUAGUAGAAAAUGCAUGACAAAUUCCCUCAGCAUGGAAAAUGGAAUUUGUAAUGCGGAUUUAGGUUAAGAAGGAGAUUUGUAUUGCAUGACUGCGAUUACUACGAGUGCGAUACUUUUGCACAGCAUACCUCGUCCGCCGCGGCCAUGUACGCGGAGGACGGGCUACGGAAGCCCAAAUUCGUAUGGAAGUGUCAGAAUCGAAAUCGACAAAGUCGAAAAAUUUGUGAUGCAUAAAAUGCAUGACGCGAAAUACGUGUGCUGCAGAGCAGGCAAGUGAGUCCGAUUGUAAGCCUGUUUGGGACUAGAGCUCGAGCUGCUAAAGCAGCAUGAGAGAAUCAGUCUUCUUUGCCUAAGCAGCAUUACAAACUGGAUUUAGGCACCACCAGAAUUUGGCAUGCGCCACUUAGAAACUGGGGCCGAACUGGAAUCCAUUUUAUGCAUGACAAAUUAUUUCGAUUGUGUCAAUUUCGAUCCUGACACAUCCAUAAUUCGCGUACGUGGAGAAGGGGGGUAUUCUCGGUGCGGGCAAAGUGCCGACCUUGAGGGACUUGGAGGCGUUGCAGAAGGCGGCGAACCCGACGACGCGCUCGUUCCGGUUGAAACAGCCGGAAGGGGAAAACGCAGGCGAUCAGGCUGUCGCUGGCACCACAAAAGCGGUCACGAUCGACACCGGGGCGGACGAGGCGGACUACGCGAAGGGAGAAAUCUCGCAAGCGGCGGUCGACGUGGAUGACCAGCUGACAGGGGAGGAUUCAGAGUACAGGAUAAAGUCAUAGAAUUGAUCCAUUUCAUGCGUUUUGUGUGUUGCGGAUCAUUCCUAUUCAUUCUCAGCUUGUGUACUACCGCAUUGAAGAUGCGAAUUUCUUGAGUUACUUGGGUGAAAAUGAAAUCUAUCAAAGGUCUCCCACCAAGCCCAGCGACGCCAGCAAGGAACCAGCGGUCCCGGCAAUUGAGGAAGAGGACGAGCAGACCUACCAACUCCCGGAUAACGGCGGCGAAGCAGCCACUGCCGCCGCGCCGAAGAAGAAGGCCGCAGCGAAGAAAGCGGGUGCAAAGAAGGUCGCAAGCGGUAAAGCAGCAGCGCCGGCGGCGAAGAAGCCCCCAGGGUCGGCGGAGAAGGCAGCAAGGAAGCCGUCUCCGGGUGGCGUUGCUGCGAAAGGAGGACCUGCUGGAGGUGCGAAGGAGCCGCUGAAAGUCAAGACCACGCCGAAGAAGGUGGCGGCCACGGCGAAAACCGAGGCCAUGAAGAGUUUGUUUUACACGGAGAAGGUGGUGUCUCCACAGGCACAUCUGUUCUACAACGAGUCUUUAAUCGAGUCCAUGAUUGCGGACGUGAACAGCCAAGCGCAGCACUUGAAUUCAACAGCGAUAAACUACACCCGGAAGCCACCUCCAGGCCCGUCGACGACACGAGAACUUGUUUCCGCCCGGUCGUCCGCUUCCUCCACGGCGAGACCCCAUGUGAAUUGUACCUUGCCGGCGGGUAUAGCGCGGGAACAACAACAAACGGCUGGUGGUCCUCACUCCAGCACGACGGAGGACGAAGCAGCUCCGUGGACGGUGUCGGAAUUCAAGAAAGCUAUCAAAAUGAAAAAUCCCCCCUCCCCAUAUUGAAAAGCUAUGUUUCCGAAAAUUUGUGUUGCUGAUUUGAGGUCACAAAUCACAUGCGUCUUGCAAGAAGACAAGGGCAGAAGCUUCCGCCCCAUUAUGGAAGCGGUUUGCCAUGCUGUUGGGCUUAAAGCGGAGCCGUUUGCCAUGCUGAACAACUAGACCCAUACGCCCCUACCUAGCCUGGGGAUCUGGCCGCAGUGCCUUCCUGCUUUACAAAGCCGAUUUGUGUACACAGAGCCAGCAUCAGAAAUUUCGUUUUGAUAUGGGGAGGGGGGAUUUUUCCUCUCAAUGAAAGCGGGCGUAGAUUCGCUGCGGGCGCACGCGGCAGCUAUUUUGUGUGAGCGGAGAAUGGCGGAGGGGCCGCAGUUUCAGAACACGAAGUUGGCAGAGGCAAUGAAGGCGGCGAAGCAGAGCGUCGUGGCGAUGAUCGCGGGAACUGGGCCUGCUGUGGCAACGAAAAACUCCGCAUCAUCGUCUGCUUCGGAGCAAGGAGUCGAGGAAAGUGCCGCAGUUGUGUCAACGCCGGAGACUGCGGAGUGUGUUGAGUCUCGGCCUGCUGUCCUCGCUGUGGAAGAACAAAAGGAUUGUUCCGGGAAAAAUGGUGCUGUAGAAGAGCCAGCAGCUCCGAUCGUGUUUUCCGCGAGUGUUAAAAACGAAGAAAUGCGAAUGCCACGACCGGAACAACCUCUGGGGAGGUCACCAGAUCUUCUUGUUGCAGACGAGCAGCCCCAGGACGCGGCAAAAGAGGAGCACACACCUGGCGCUGCUGCAUCUGCUUCGGGAGUAGAUGUAGAACCACAACAGACCCACAGCGCGUCUUCUAUCUCCGCGAGCCAAAAUAACCCAUCCGAAGUGGAGGAAGGCACCGUCGCUACCGCGGUCUGCAGCGAAUCCGAGCUAAUGCAAGACGGCGGCACCGGGGCGGAAAGCGGCGCUGCUGCGACGAAGAACAUCUCGAAGAAGUGGUUGAGAGGUGGACCACAUAGUGCCUCCGAAGCAAACCUCGGCUCGUUCGAAGACGCACAGUCUGCGAGGACGCAUCGGACGGAGGAAGACAUUCCUGUCGAAAGUGCAGCAGCAAAUGAAGUUCAGGAACAAACAUUGAACGUCGAAGCCACUGCUACAGAGGAAUUAUUUCCAUCCGCGCCGAAAGCGAAGCCCGCCUGGGCAACCCGGUCCUCCUUAUCAAACGUAAAAAUGUCUGGGUCUGGAAGAGUGCAUGUUUGUCAUGCUUGUCUGGCAUGACUCUCAAAUCUGUCAUGCACGUUACCCAAGAGCGCCACUUUUCUGUCAUGCAGAAACGCAGUUUGUCAUGCCGAAUAGGCAACACCUAGAGGCUCAGAAACUUGUCAUGCUGAGCCAGCACUUGUGGCCUCCUCAUGAUACGCCACCCAGCAUCACAAGUUUCUAGACCCAGACGUUUUUGCAUUUGAUACUCCUCGUCGACGAGCAAAAAGGUCGACGGUCAGAAAGACGCGCCGCCGUCGACUACCAGUAGCCUGCAGGCCACUGUUAUCCAAGAAAAACACGUUGUUAGUGUAAAUUUGUGAUGCGCAACAUGCAAGAUGAUUGCGUCUGUCAUGCUUGGCAUGCAUCGCAGGGUCCAUUAAAGGGCGUUUUCACAUACUAUCUGCGCAUGACAGGUUUUUGCUGUCAUGCCAGACAAAUUUGUAAUGCUGUUCCUCCAAAACCAAAAAAGUUACACCUACAAUGUUUUUUUCUUGGAUAACUGUGGAGAUCGCGACGGAGGCAAUUUUCCAGCGGGCGGAGGACAGCGUUCUCAUGUCGUCUUCUUUUAAAGAGCAAGAGGUUGUUCCUCAUUCGAAGCAACUCUCGACGCAGUCGUCGCAAAUCACAAUCGACCUGGACCAUGCUUGUGCGUCGACGUUUAUUUCCAGUGGUAGCAGAAAUAAAGCUGGACUUGUUGUGCCGGGGCAAGGCCCGCCACCAGUGUUACCGAAGCAGAGGAGGGUGAAGACCGCGUCGCGGGUUUUGGCCACGGCAAUUCCGAAGAAGCGGCAGACCAGCAUCGUGAAAAGAACCGGAACGACGGCGGCGUCGGUGAGUGAGUGGCCGGCGGAGAGCAGUGGCAGAACUAGUCGGGCGGAUUCGAAGAAUCAAAAGUAAGGUACUGUGGUUUUUUUCAAGCAGGUAUGAUAUUAUGUUUUUAGCAGAUACUACUAGCAUUUGUCAGUUUCAUCAUUUCAGAAUCAGACUCAAGCGCUUUCCAGUUGUAGGAGCAUUUGUUGAUAAUUUGACAGAAAGUAUUAGAUAGACACAGUUGUAUUUGUAAGAUUUAGCAGUCACAUUCACGCCGGUUGUUAUGAUUUGCAUGCCAGACACGAUGACUGAAGAGCAUCUAAUAUCACACCGAAUCUAGUAGGUGGCAUCCAAGAUUGACAGCCUUUCACUUUUCUAGUAUUUCACUGUACUUAACACUUGAGACAUUAUUUUUGGUCGACGUUGAAAGCAGCGUUUUCAUUUUUGUGGUUGAAAGUUAACAUGCGGCAAAACAAGUAUUUCAUUUGUAUGAUACGCACUUCACUGCGUUUUGAAUCGGGCAUAGGAGGACCAUAGGGAUUUUCCGCCAUUGUGUAUCUAAGUCAGGCGCGGCUCGCCACAUCCGCGUUUCAAAGAUCUUGAACGGUUUCUUCGUCCAGAAGUUUGUUGUGACGCCAAGUGCUGG